AUGGACAACUAUUUAUUCGAUGGUGGACGCAUACAAAAAAUGGAGGUGGACUAUGCUCCAGCCUGCGAUGAAAAGAUACCCAUUGCUAAAGAUUUGGCCAAAAAGAAUCCCGAUUCUUUUCACGAGGCCAUUGAAAUGUUGCUAACACUAGAGAAACAAACACGUUUGGGAGCAGAUAUGGUCUCCUGUUCACGCGUUCUAGUGGCUAUAUGUCAGAUAUGUUUUGAAGCUGGCAAUUGGAAUGCCUUAAAUGAAUAUGUAACUUUAUUGGUGCGUAGACGUUCCCAACUCAAGCAGGCCGUUUCCAAAAUGAUACAAGAGUGUGUGACUUAUGUGGAAAAGACACCCGAUAAGGAAACUAAAUUGAAAUUGAUAGAUACCUUGAGAGCGGUGACGGAAG